UUAGCUAGUUUUAAUUCAGAUAUUUCAUAUAUUGGCGCCGUUACUGUUGUGAAAUUGUUUGAGGUUGCUUUGUGUUUGUAUUUAUUGAAAUGGAUGUCUCUAUCGAUUUGCCAUUUAAAGCCGAAUAUGCUAAAACAGGAAGAGCUGGUUGUAAAGGAUGUAAGACUAAUAUAGGCCAAGGAUCUUUGCGGAUAGCCGCUAUGGUCCAGUCUGCCUUCCAUGAUGGUAAACAGCCAAAUUGGUUCCACGAAUCAUGCUUCUUUAAGAAACAACGUCCCGGGUCAGUUGGUGAUGUAGAAAAUUUUGAGAGUUUGCGUUUUGAAGAUCAAGAAAGGAUUCGCAAAAAGAUAGAUGAAUGUAGCUCUGUCGUGGAAUCUUUGGGAUCCAGUAAAGGCGGCAAAAAACGAAAUAUAGCGGAAAACUCUGCUAUAAAAGAUUUUGGUUUGGAGUACGCCAAAUCUGGAAGGGCGGCAUGCCGAGGUUGUGAACUAAAAAUUCUCAAAGGUCAGAUUCGAAUACGCAAGACGGUAUAUGACACAGAAGUUGGUAUGAAAUAUGGCGGACAACCACUUUGGCAUCAUGUUGAAUGUUUUGCACAAUUGCGCGGGGAGUUAGGAUGGUUUGCUGCAGGCGACAUUCUACCUGGCUUCAAAGAUCUCUCGCCUGAGGACAUGGAAAUUGUAAAAAAGGCUUUGCCAGCUAUAAAAUCGGAGAACGCACCAGCAUCUAAAAAAGUUAAACUCGAACAAAUAAAAGGAGAAGACGAGGAGGCUGAAAAAGAUUUAGAGAAGAAACUGAAAGAACAGUCCAAACGAUUAUACAAAUUCCGUGAUCGGGUUCGAGAUGAAAUGCACAAAAAGGAUAUAAUUGAGUUAUUGCAAGACAACGGUCAAGAACCAGUGCAGGGUGACCUGGAGAAACGUUUGGAUCAGAUUGCUGAUCUUUUAACAUUUGGAGCUUUGCCACCUUGCCCUGAAUGCAAUGGAAGGCAAUUGUUAUUUUUCAAAUCAGGAUACGUAUGUAACGGGUCUUUGACGGAAUGGACCAAAUGCACUUAUCAUAUUAAGGAACCGAAAAGGGUACCAUGUAAAAUUUCUUCUGAAUUGAAAGGUGCCUAUAAAUUUUUAAAAGAUGUUCACAAAACAACCGAAUCUCGUGCCAUACGAUACAUACCACCAAGUUCAUCUACAAUAAGUAAAUCUAUUGGCGUCAAAAAGGGCGAUGAGCUUGAUGGACCAAAAGUUAAACGGGAACGCCCACCAUUGUAUAAUCUUGAAUUUACACAUAUUGGCUUGGGAUAUCCGGAAAAUGAUUUAAGAAAAGAAUUGACCGAUCUAGGCGGAAAACUUGACUUAAAAAUUACAGAAAAAACUAUUGCUGUUUUCUCAACACCGAAAGAAAUUAAGCGCAUGGGAAGCCGCAUGAAAAAAGCCAAAGAAAUGGGACUACAUAUAAUUCCAAUUGAAUACAUUGAAAAUGUAAAAUCUAAUCCGUUGGGUGCUAUAAAUUACAUCAGCAGCAUGAGUUUGUGUGACUGGGGCACUGAUCCAGCGGCCCGUGUUCCCCAAGAGGAGGCGAAAAGUGCUAAAUCAAAAAGCAUUUACACUAAAUCUGUUCCAAAAUCAAUGACUCUCAAAUUGAAAGAUGGCUUAGCUGUGGAUCCAGACAGUGGCUUGGAAGAUGUUGCACAUGUUUAUAUUUCCCGAAAUAAGGAUAAGUUUAAUGUUGUGCUCGGUAAAACUGACAUACAACGUAACAAGAAUUCUUAUUAUAAACUGCAACUCCUCGAAAGCGACAACAAGCAAAAAUUUUGGGUGUUUCGAGCAUGGGGACGAAUUGGCACGACUAUUGGUGGAAACAAAUUGGAAAGCUUUUCAAAUUUAAUAGAUGCAAUUGCGUCUUUUAAGGAUAUAUAUUUUGACAAGACUGGUAACUAUUUCGACAAUCGAGCAAAUUUCGUUAAGACACCUAACGGCAUGUAUCCAAUAGACAUUGAUUACUCGGACAACGACAAAGUGGAUCUUAGUGCCGAUCAUAACAUCAAAUCUAAUCUAUCUCAGGCAGUCCAGGACCUCAUUAAGCUUAUGUUCGAUGUUGACACAAUGAAGCGUACAAUGAUGGAAUUUGAUUUAGACAUGGAAAAAAUGCCUUUGGGCAAAUUAAGUCAAAGUCAAAUAAAGACUGCUUACAGUGUUCUUACUGAAAUAUGCAAACUAAUUGAGGAAGGAGGAUCAAAUGCCAAGUUGAUUGACUGUACUAACCGCUUCUACACUUUGAUACCACACAGUUUUGGUACUGAGAAGCCACCAUUAUUAGAUACGAAAGAACAAGUUGAAAAGUUGGUGCAAAUGUUAGACUCCUUGCUGCAAAUUGAAUGUGCUUAUAGCUUGCUUCAAAAUGAAGAUUGUAAGGAAGAAAUUAAUCCCCUUGAUAAACAUUACGAACAAUUGAAGACGACAUUGGAGCCGUUGGACAAGAAUAGCAAAGAAUAUGAUUUACUUACGAAAUACGUAAAGAACACACAUGCAGCUACACACAAUAUGUACGAUCUCGAAGUGGUCGAUAUUUUCAAAGUUGCUCGACAAGGAGAAGCACGUCGUUAUAAGCCAUUCAGGAAACUCCACAACCGCCGAUUAUUGUGGCACGGUUCCCGCCUAACAAAUUUUGCUGGUAUACUCUCGAAUGGUCUUAAAAUUGCGCCUCCAGAAGCUCCUGUAACAGGUUACAUGUUUGGCAAGGGUAUUUACUUCGCAGACAUGGUAUCGAAAUCGGCAAACUAUUGUUGUACUAGCAAGCAAAACUCUACCGGCUUAAUGCUUUUAUCCGAGGUAGCACUCGGGGAUAUGCUGGAGUGCACUGCUGCGAAGUACAUUACGAAAUUACCUGCAGACAAGCAUAGUUGUUUUGGACGUGGUAGAACUAUGCCUGAUCCUAAAGAAUCAUACAUGCGUGAAGAUGGUGUUGAGAUUCCCCUCGGCAAGCCUAUAUCCGAUGAAAACUUCAAGUCUUCGCUAUUGUAUAACGAAUUUAUUGUAUAUGAUAUUGCUCAGGUCAACAUUCAGUAUAUGUUCCGCAUGAAUUUCAAAUACAAAUUCUAACCAAGCUUAAUUAAUAUUAAUGUCAUGUGUUAUUCCUAUUUAUUGUGGUCUUUUUAUUAUUGCUUCUUUUCAUAGUAAUAAUAUAUUCCAUACAUUCAAAUAAAAUUGUUUGCUUCUACAUCGAAAUAUUGAAAAUAAAA